AACAAACCUCAUACGACAACCGAGUAAUUCAACGUUUCAGUGCUCAGAACGUCAGCUUCACGGAACCUACUCGUUUUUUCCUUCAUUGCAAUAUCGCAUCGAUCCUCCACGACUCGCUGAGUCUAACUCCUGACGGUCCAUAGGGCCGAGCGAUUUCAGUGACAGUUGUUCCGUGUACCUGUUCAUUCCGUGAGGAGAUGCGCUGCCCCUUCAUUGACGUCUGGGACUUCGAAGCCAAGCUGGUAGAGCAUCUCAGCUUCAAGCAUGAAUGACCAAAAAAGUUGCCUCAGCAAUGGCUGAUGACAACGGCACCAACCCCAAUGCGAUUAGCUCGAAAAGAGUGGUGGAAAAAUGCAUUGCUCCGUCACAUAUGGGCACCGUUUAACUAUCAGGACUGCGCUUGCCCAGUAUACAGGAGGAUCCCAAAUUCUACUCAUCCGGCACCGGGUUGGUUUUCACUGUUCAGGGCCUCGACGGUGGCGCCACAAAUCCCUCUGGCUUCCAACGGUCAUUAAACUAAUGAAACACUCUCGGAAUUAUUACCAGGGACAAAUGAAAAAGAGAGGAGAUCGCAGGGCUGGUGGACUUGUAAUAUAUCUG